AUGCUCUUCUUAUGUCGAGCUUCUCCUCUCCUGCAGCGCACUGCAUUAUCGUCUCCUCUACGAUUCUUUGCGCCCCCCAAAUCUUCAUUCAAUAGGACAUUCGCCAACACUGCUGUGCGCCUCUCAAUCGAAAUGGAAACAGUGGAUACCUCAGAGCGUCUUGUGCAGCUGAGGGAGUUGAUGAAACGGAAUAACCUAGAUGUGUACAUUGUCCCCUCCGAAGAUAGCCAUCAAUCCGAAUAUAUCGCCCAUUGCGACGCACGCCGAGAAUUCAUCUCUGGCUUCACCGGCUCCGCAGGAACCGCUGUCAUCUCCUCCACUGCCGCUGCGCUUUCGACCGACGGACGUUAUUUCAACCAAGCUGCCAAGCAGCUCGAUAGCAAUUGGACCCUUUUGAAACGAGGAUUGGAAGGUGUUCCGACGUGGCAAGAAUGGACUACGGAGCAAGCCGAGGGAGGAAAGACCGUCGGAGUUGACCCUUCUGUUAUCACUGCUGCAAGCGCUAGGAAGCUCUCGGAGACUUUGGAGAAGAGCGGCUCGAAGCUCAUUGGUAUUGAACAAAAUUUGGUGGACCAGAUCUGGGGUGACAAACGCCCUGCUCGACCAAAUGAGACGGUCAAGAUUCAUCCCGCCGAGUAUGCUGGAAAGCCAUUCCAAGAGAAGAUUGCGGAUUUGCGAAAAGAAUUGAAGACGAAAAAGCGUGCAGGCUUCAUCGUGUCGGUGCUUGACGAAAUCGCAUGGCUGUUCAACCUAAGAGGAAACGACAUCCCAUACAACCCAGUCUUCUUCUCAUAUGCCGUGAUCACCCCCGAAACCGUAGACCUGUACAUCAACGACGAGAAGCUAUCACCCGAAGUCAAGGCCCAUCUUGGCUCAGACGUCGUUGUCAAACCUUACGAGUCGAUAUUCGCCGAUGCAAGGGCGCUCAGUGUAAAUGCCCCAUUAACCGAGAAUGGCAGCCCCAUGAAAUACCUUACCUCUAACAAAGCAUCUUGGGCUCUAAGCCUUAGCUUUGGUGGCGAGAAGAAAUUGGAUGAGGCACGUAGCCCAAUCUCCGAUGCCAAGGCUAUCAAGAACGAGGUUGAGCUCAAGGGCAUGAGGAACUGCCAUAUCCGGGAUGGCGCAGCAUUGUCUGAAUACUUUGCAUGGCUGGAAAAUGAAUUGAUCAACAAAAAGUCUACACUGGACGAAGUAGAUGGUGCGGAUAAGCUUGAGCAGAUCCGCUCCAAGCAUGACAAGUUUGUGGGACUUUCGUUUGACACAAUCUCCUCCACCGGACCAAACGCAGCUGUGAUCCACUAUAAACCCGAAAAAGGCAUUUGCUCGGUGAUUGAUCCAAAUGCCAUCUACCUAUGUGACUCUGGUGGUCAAUAUCUGGACGGUACUACUGAUACUACCCGAACCUUCCACUUUGGUACGCCUACCGAGAUGGAGAAGAAAGCAUUCACUCUCGUUUUGAAGGGACUCAUUGCACUCGAUACUGCUGUAUUCCCCAAGGGUACCAGUGGAUUUGCUCUUGAUGCACUUGCACGUCAGCAUUUGUGGCGGUACGGUCUGGACUAUCUUCAUGGCACGGGUCACGGUGUUGGCGCCUACUUGAACGUCCAUGAGGGUCCUAUUGGAGUUGGUACCCGCAUCCAAUAUUCUGAGGUGUCUUUGUCACCAGGCAACGUAAUUUCUGAUGAACCCGGAUACUAUGAAGAUGGAAAGUUUGGAAUCCGUAUUGAGAACAUUAUUAUGGCCCGUGAGGUCGAGACACCUUACAAGUUCGGAGAAAAAUCCUGGCUUGGAUUUGAGCAUGUCACAAUGACACCAAUCGGACAAAAUCUAAUUGAAACAUCGUUGCUCUCAGAAGAGGAGAGACAGUGGGUGAACAAUUACCACGCCGAGGUGUGGGAAAAGACCAGCGGAUACUUCAAGCAAGAUGAGCUGACCUUGAACUGGCUGAAGAAAGAGACUAAGCCACUGAAGUAA